AUGGAGUAUCCUAAAAUUCGUACUGGUGGCUCACUUAUCGUUGCUUGGCGUGCAAAAGAAAAGAAUGUUCUAAUUGUUGGAGGUGGAAAUGUUGCCGCUGCACGUAUUGUUAGCGUUUUGGAAGCAGACGCAAAAGUAAUAGUUGUAUGUCCAGAGAACGGUUUAAACAGCGAAGUAAAAUAUCGAAUUGAAUCGAAUCAAGUGGAUAAAUGGAUUAAUCGUGAAUUUUGUGAAAAUGAUCUUGAAGGAAUAGACAUGGUUCUGACCGCUAUCGAUGACCCUAUAGAAUCACGUAAAAUUUAUGAACUUUGCCGAACCAAAAAGAUUCCGGUAAAUGUGGCUGAUGUGCCAUCAUUGUGUGAUUUCUAUUUCAUGUCACAACACCGAGAUGGUCCACUUCAGAUUGCUGUAUCGACUAAUGGACAAGGUCCAAAAUUGGCAAACAUCAUACGUCGUCAAAUUGCUGACACGUUGCCUAAAGGAGCGGGCGCUGCAAUUACUAAAGUGGGAAAAUUACGAGAAAAACUCCGUCAAAUUGAUCCGGAACAUUCAUCCUCUAGUAAGAGAAUGGGUUGGAUGAUACCACAAUAUAAUUCUCUUUUGGAGAACAUUUCGAAUUCAAUCACCAUUAACAAUGGAGGACAUGAAAGUAAUAAGCAUACAGUCAGUGAAAAUUUCAAAGGAGAUAAUAUUAACGUAAAACAGGAAACUUCAAACGGAUCAAACGGAAUCGCCGAAGAUAAUAUCGAAAACAAUAAUAAGAAACGAGAAUCCACGGGACCUAUUGAAAUAAUUCAACAAGCCAACAAUAAAGAUGAAAUUAUCGAGGAUUCUAACAAUAUUGAAGUUCAUAAUACAAAGAAAGACACUAAUAAUUUAAAAAAGAAAGGCAGAAUUAUUCUUGUCGGUGCAGGUCCUGGCGAUCCCUCACUCCUUACACAUAAAGCUACAUCAGUACUUGCGAAAGCAGACUUAAUUCUAUCUGAUCGUUUAAUUCCACCAGCCAUAUUAUCAUAUGCAAAUUGUGACGUUCGUCUUGCAGCAUUAAAAUCUGGUGCUGCAAAAGUCAAAGAUUCACAAGAUCAACUCUUGUCAUGGGGACUAGAGGCUUUAAAAGAAGGCAAAACCGUUGUUAGACUGAAAAUAGGAGACCCAUUUAUAUUUGGUCGAGGCGGAGAAGAAGUUGCAUUUUUCAGGAAAAUGGGAUGGGAAGCUGAAGUUAUACCAGGUGUUAGUAGUGCAUUCUCAGCCCCUUUAUCUGCUAAUAUUCCUCUUACGCAUCGUGGUGUGGCAGACCAAAUAUUUAUAACUACAGGUCAAGGUACUCAAGGGCGUAUGCCAGAAAUACCGAAUUAUCAUCAUACACGCACCACAGUCUUUCUAAUGGCGGUUGGGAAAGCCAAUGAAUUAAGUGGCGUUUUAUUAGAGAAAGAGUAUCCAAUGGACUUGCCUGCGGCAUUCGUUGAGAAUGCCAAUCGACCAAACGAAAGAGUGCUACGUGCUACUGUUGCCACGUUAGGGAAAGUGGUCGAAAUCAAUAAAAUUGUUUCACCUGCAAUUUUAAUAAUUGGUAAAGUGGUGGAUGUGUUGCAUGAUAACGAUAAUGUAUGUGAAUAA